AUGAGGAUGAGUAAUGAGCAGUGCAAUGAAGCAGAUAGACGCCUGAGGUGGUUGAAUCCCUUAUUUAUUAUUGGCCACAAACGGAAGCUUGAAGAAGAUGAUAUGUAUAAAGUGCUGCCAGAAGAUUCCUCAGAGAAGCUUGGAGAGGAAUUGCAGUGGUACUGGGAUAAAGAGGUGCAAAAAGCAAAAAAGAGAGGAAAAACACCACAUUUAACAAAAGCCAUUAUUCUUUGUUACUGGAAAUCCUAUUUAGUUUUUGGAAUUUUCACAAUGAUUGAGGAAACACUCAAAAUAAUUCAGCCAAUAUUUUUGGGAAAAAUUAUUAAUUAUUUUGAAAACUAUGAUUCCUCAAAUGAGGUAGCUUUGAAUUUUGCAUAUUGCUACGCAGCUGCUCUGUCUGUGUGCACGCUUAUUCUAGCUAUAAUGCACCACUUAUACUUCUAUCAUGUACAGCGGGCUGGCAUGAAGCUGAGAGUAGCUAUGUGCCAUAUGAUUUAUCGGAAGGCACUUCGUCUCAGUAAUGUAGCAAUGGCAAAAACUACCACUGGUCAAAUAGUAAAUCUUCUGUCAAAUGAUGUGAACAAAUUUGAUCAGGUAACGAUUUUCUUGCACUUCUUGUGGGCUGGACCAAUUCAAGCUGUAGCAGUAACAGUACUUCUCUGGAUGGAGAUAGGCCCAUCAUGUCUUGCAGGAAUGGCGGUUCUGAUUAUUCUUCUUCCUGUCCAGACCUGCAUUGGGAGGCUUUUUUCUUCCCUAAGAAGCAAGACAGCUGCCUUAACGGAUGUCAGGAUUAGGACCAUGAAUGAAGUCAUAAGUGGUAUGAAGAUAAUAAAGAUGUAUGCUUGGGAAAAAUCAUUUGCGGAACUUGUGAAUGGUUUAAGAAGGAAGGAGAUUGCCAUGGUUAUGAAAAGCUCCUACCUUCGAGGACUGAACUUAGCCUCUUUCUUUGUGGCAAGCAAAAUAACAGUGUUCAUGACUUUCAUGGCAUACGUACUACUUGGCAAUGUUAUCUCUGCAAGUCGGGUGUUUGUUGCAGUGUCCCUGUAUGGUGCAGUAAGACUGACAGUAACUCUGUUCUUCCCUGCGGCUGUUGAGAGAGUGUCCGAGGCCGUGGUUAGCAUACGACGAAUCAAGAACUUUCUGAUACUUGAUGAGGUCUCACACUUCAAGCCACAACUGCAUGGUAAUAAUGAGAAUGUCAUUCUUCAUGUUCAGGAUUUGACUUGCUAUUGGGAUAAGAGUUUAGAAAGCCCAGCACUUCAACAACUUUCAUUUACUGUCAGACGAGGGGAAUUAUUGGCUGUGAUUGGUCCUGUAGGAGCUGGAAAAUCUUCGCUCUUAAGUGCUGUGCUUGGUGAGCUGCCUAAAGACAAAGGUUUGAUAAACGUUACUGGAAGAAUUGCCUAUGUUUCUCAGCAGCCUUGGGUGUUUUCUGGUACAGUAAGAAGUAAUAUACUGUUUGACAAGGAAUAUGAGAAAGAAAAAUACGAAAAAGUUUUAAAAGUCUGUGCUCUUAAAAAGGACUUGGAAUUAUUAGCAAAUGGUGACCUAACAGUAAUAGGAGAUCGUGGAGCUACGCUGAGCGGGGGACAGAAAGCCCGUGUAAAUCUGGCCAGAGCUGUGUAUCAAGACGCAGACAUCUAUCUUUUGGAUGAUCCACUGAGUGCAGUAGAUGCUGAAGUUGGAAGACAUUUGUUUGAAAAAUGUAUUUGUCAGGCCUUACAUCAGAAGAUCUCUGUUUUGGUCACUCACCAGUUGCAAUAUCUCCGUGCUGCAAAUCAGAUUCUAAUUUUAAAAGAUGGUAAAAUGGUGGGGAAAGGUACCUAUUCAGAGUUCCUGAGAUCUGGCAUCGACUUUGCUUCCCUUUUGAAAAAAGAUGAGGAGGUAGAACAGCCAUCGGUUCCAGGAACCCCCAACCUGAAGUCUGCCCGGAGCCGAACCUUCUCAGAGUCCUCUGUCUGGUCCCAAGAUUCUUCUGUCCACUCGCAGAAGGACGGAGCAGUGGAACAACCACCUGCUGAAAAUGCACUGGCUGCAGUGCCAGAGGAGAGUCGCUCUGAGGGAAAAAUAAACUUUAAGGUUUACAGAAAAUAUUUCACUGCGGGAGCAAACUACUUUGUGAUUUUUAUACUUUUAGUAUUCAACAUUUUGGCACAGGUGGCAUAUGUGCUCCAGGACUGGUGGCUUUCUUACUGGGCAAAUCAUCAAGAAAAGUUGAAUGUCACAAGGAAUGGAAAUAAUGGAGCAAAUGAGACUGAACAUCUAGACCUUAACUUCUAUUUGGGAAUUUACGCAGGUUUAACGGUGGCUACAAUACUGUUUGGCGUAAUAAGAAGUCUUCUGGUGUUUCAAGUUCUUGUUAAUUCUGGUCAGACUUUGCACAACAAAAUGUUUCAAUCCAUUUUGAAAGCUCCUGUCUUGUUUUUUGACAGAAAUCCUAUAG